UCCAUCUCCGUUAUAAGAGACGUUGUGAUGUUAAAGUGAUGUUUGAUCUUUAGGAGACAUCGACAGAGAUGGAGCUUCUUCCUCUUCUGUGUCUCUGCCUCCUGACUCGCUCUGGAAUCACGUCUGUUCAACUAAACAGGCCAGCAGUCAUCAUAGAGGAAGGAGGGGCUGAUGUAAUCUUACCCUGUUCUCUCAGCACCAAGGAGAACAUUGAGUUUAAAAUCUUUGACUGGAGGAAAGUUGCUCAGAAAGAUGAUGGUCAGAAGAAGGUGUUCCAGUAUGACGCAGGCAUUCAUUCCAACAACGGUCUAGAUGGUCAGAGUGAGCAGUUCAAAUGUCGAGUCUCUCAUCUUCAAGAUGAACUGAAACACGGCAACGCCUCCAUAAUCAUCAGAAAUACAAAGAUAUCUGACAGUGGAGAAUACACCUGUCAUUUUCCUUGUCUUCAGCCACCUCAAAUAUUCCACAUUAAGCUUGUUAUUGAUCCUAUCUUAAAAGACAGAAGAAGGGAAAACAUCCCAGGUGAGUCCUGAUUUUAAUAACGUUACUCUCUACUUCUCACAUGUAUGUGAUCACAGGCCUGAUAUGAUUCAAAACACGUUAAAUCUGGGGAUCAUACUGUGACAUUUAUACGCCAACAUAUUUUAUUUCUUUGUAACUGUUUUUCAAGUUGAUAAUACUUCACAAGCACUAACUAAUGUUCUGUUUAGCCUGUUCUCUUAGGGCUCAUUUUGAUCAUGUAUAUUUCUGUCUCUUAAUACUGA